AUGAUAUCUACUAGACUUGGAUCGCUUUUCAUAUUAUGCUGCGUCCUACUGACCAAGCACAUGUCAGUCGCUUUGCCUGUGCUGAAGCAACUACCAAAGAGGCAGAUUGUCACCAGAAUGCAUACCGCAAGCACCACCAACACUGUAACAGACUUUUACUCCACGACUACUGAAAUUGAAGUCGCGCCAACUGUUGAAUUUAUUAUCAGCGGUGACCAAACUUUCACUUCAACUCUUCCACGCGCGGAUGGCUCCACUCCAACUGGGAGCCCUCUAACUACAAUCAUCAUAAGCGCCUCGGUGAAUCGCCAAGUGGACGUUGCCUCACAGCCUUCCUCCGGAUGCGCUACUACUAUCAAAACUGGUACUCCUCGUGGAACUUUGACUGUUUCUGCCAUUCAAACAUCCGAAGCAGCAUCUAACUUGGAAAACGCGAACAGCCAGCAACAACCCUCCACUUGGUCCGCUUCUGCUGCCGUGUCCACCGAGAUUCAGUCCACUUCAGGUAAUGCUGUCUCCUCCAGCGUUCAAGAUAAUGCCUAUAGUGCUUCUGUUGUAAAUUCCUCUGGUCCGGCUGUAUCCUCAAGCAAUGAGCUAACAACCUCUACAUCUGGUACUGAGCAAGUUUCCUCUUCAGCAACAAGCGAGUCAACUGCGACAUUUGCAGCGCCUAGUAACGAACAAACAACAAUAGGGUCAUCGGAACAAAUCACAUUAGCUUCCAGCACCGCUCAACCCACUGUGUCGACUUCCUCUUCGCAGUUUUCAUCUUCACUAGCGACGUCAUCACCUCCAGCGUCCUCACCAGCGACAUCAUCGCCUGAAGCAUCAUCGCCUGCCACAUCAUCGCCUGCAAUUUCUUCGACAACAUCUUUGACUACGACAUCUUCAUCUACUACUUCUGUCUCAGUGUCUACAGCUUCCGCAACUUCUUCAGGCGAUCUAACAUGCGCUCCAACUGCCUUGGCGUACUCACCUUACAAUAACGACAAUAGCUGCAAAGACUCGGAUUCAGUUUACAAGGAUUUGACUUUAAUUAAGUCCAAGGGUGUUUCUCAGAUCAGACUUUAUGGAACUGACUGCAACUCUCUCGAAACAGUGACAUCUGCUGCUAAGACUUUGGGGUUGACUAUAAACCAAGGGCUGUGGAUCUCUCCAAGUGGCGUCGACUCCAUUGAUGAUGCGGUGCAAGACAUUAUUUCCUAUGGUCAGAGCAACGGCUGGGACGUUUUCGACAUCCUGACCAUCGGAAAUGAAGCUAUUUUGAACGGAUACUGCUCAGUUAGCGAUCUUUUGGCCAAGAUUUCAUCUGUGAGAUCGAAAUUUGAGAACGCUGGCUUUGGCGGUAAGUUCACGACAAGUGAGCCACCAGUCACUUUCCAAAACAAUCCAGAUCUAUGUACAAAGGCCAAUAUUGAUUUUAUUGGCAUCAACUCUCAUCCUUACUUUGAUGUAAACUCUUCGGCGGAUUCCGCCGGCACCUUUGUUAAAGGACAACUCGAAAUGAUUCAAGAGCUUUGUGGGACCCAAAAUGUUGUUGUCACAGAAACAGGAUACCCAUCCGCUGGCAUUCAAAACGGUGGCAACAACCCAAGCAUCGAAAACCAAAUUAAAGCGGUCCAAAAUAUUCUUAACGAGAUGAAUCAAGAUGUUACUGUUUUGUCUACGUAUAACGAUUACUGGAAAGACCCAGGCUCCUACGGAAUUGAGCAAAGUUUUGGUAUAAUCCAACUUCUACCAUCCGCUUAG